AUGUCGCGCCCACGUGAGAACAGUCUUUGGACGCCGACUGUAGCUGCACCAGCUGCACAGGCAUCGCAGUUGCUUUCUGGCAAGACGAUGAUGAUCACAGGCGGCGUCACAGGCAUUGGCCGCGCCAUUGUCCUAGGCUAUCUUGAACACGGCGCAAACGUCGCAGUAAACCACUUUGACGACGAAAAGUCUGCCUCGCAAUACCAAUCCCUCAUCGAAGAAGCCGCGACAAAACUGAACCUCAGCAAAGAAGACGUGACGAAAAGACUAGUCCAAGUCCCCGGCGACGUAGGCAACCCGGAGACCGGCAAGGCAUUAGUCGCAGCCGCCGUCCAACGCUGGGGACGUCUAGACGUCGUAAUAAGCAACGCAGGAAUCUGCGAAUUCAAAGAAUUUUUAGAAAUAACCCCAGACCUCUGGUCCCAAACCCUCUCCACAAACCUAACCGGCGCCUUCCACACCAUCCAAGCCGGCGCCCACCAAAUGACCACGCAAUCGCCCCCCGGCGGCUCCAUAAUCGGCAUAUCCUCCAUCUCGGCCCUCGUCGGCGGCGCCCAACAAGCCCACUACACCCCCACCAAAGCCGGUAUAACAUCGCUGGUCCAAUCUGCCGCAUGUGCCCUCGGGAAGUACGGCAUCAGAUGCAAUGCGAUACUACCGGGCACCAUCAAGACGCAACUGAACGAAAAGGACUUGGAGAACGAGGAGAAGAGAAAAUAUAUGGAGGGCAGGAUUCCGCUGGGGAGGACGGGCGUUCCGGAGGAUCUUGCGGGGCCGGCGGUUUUUCUGGGGAGUGCGUUGAGUGGGUAUGUCAACGGGGCGCAGAUUUUGGUUGAUGGAGGGUUGUUUGUGAAUUUGCAGUAG